AUGUCCAUUGCUACCAGAAACGCAAGAAGGAUUCUACUAAUCCCCCUACCUGGGGUGGCUUCUGUUGGGCAAGCCGUCGUCAUUGUAUUAUACGCUAUCGUUAGCAUCGUCUUGGUUUUCGUUGAUAUGCCGGUUUCAAGAGGUGUGGAUGUAUACGCAAAUCGCACUGGUUGGCUGUCAUUUUUAAACCUUAGUCUGAUUACGUUUCUUGCACUGAGGAACAGUCCUUUAUCUUUCUUGACUGGAUACAGCUACGACAAAUUGAUACUGCUGCAUAAAGUCGCGGGCUACUCAACAAUUUUCUGGACGAUACUUCACAUCAUCCUCUUCUCUAUAGAUGGGGCUCGCAAAGACCUUUUCUCUGCGGAGGCUAAAGAGUUAAAGAUAGUUGUUGGCUGGGUAGGCGGUUUCGCAAUGCUCAUAAUCCUUGGUACGGCAGUGACUCGACGAUGGAUACCCUAUGAGGCAUUUUACACUAGCCAUGCUGCUCUGAGCAUCGUGAUCCUAGUAACAAUGUGCUUCCAUCCAGAUACUUGGGGCUGUAUCCUAGUUUGUAUCAUUACUGCAGGCUUUUGGUCCGCAGACUUAUUGAUAAGACUUAUACAGUUAUUUUGGUAUAGUAUCGGCAACCGUGCCACUCUUUCGCCGUUGCCGAACGGCGGGGUCCGCGUUGUAAUGUACAAAUCACCCAAGACUACUCCGGGCUCUCACUGUUCUCUGUGGAUCCCUUCUAUUCGCCUUAUAGAGACUCAUCCAGUAGCAGUGCUGUCGACAGAUCCCUUGGAAUUUGUUAUCGCUAGCUAUGACGGGUUUACUGGGGAGCUCUAUAAGACAUCGCUAAACAAGAAAACGGUUUGGGCUUCAGUUCAUGGGUCGUACGGUGCCCGUAUCGACUUUACCAACUUGGAAAAAGUCGUCUUUAUAGCCGGUGGUAGCGGUGCAAGUUUUACUUUUGCCCUUGCCAUGGCAUUGAUGAAGUCCGGCGGCAAUUCCGCGAAGCCUGGUAUUGAAUUUAUAUGGGUUGUGCGACAUCAAGACCCACUGAACCUGUAUUCAGGAUCUUUGAGCUGGUUUUCCAAUGAAUUGGAGGAACUCGCCCUCUCGAAUCGCGUAAAUCUUACCAUCCACGUUUCUUCUUUGAGUGACCAGGAGGGCGAUGUAGAAAAGUACGCAUGGUCUGGUAUGGUCACUCCACACUUUUCCAUGGAAAAAAUUCAGGCGGGGCGGCCUGAUAUUGAUAAGAUCAUCGACAACGUCGUGGGCGGGAUGAAUCUUUCAGAUCGUCUGAUGGUAGCCGCAUGUGGUCCCGAUGGACUCAUGAAAACGGCAAGGCGAUCAGUGGCGAGGAAUACAAGACCAGGCGGUCCGAAAUUUCUAGCCCAACCUGACUUAAAAGCGACGAUCUGCAAGCAGGACGAACAUCACAACAAAGCGUUGGAACUGUAUACGCAAAUUCCGAAGCAAAAAAUCACGCAGUUGGCACGGCAAUUUGACGUUCCUUGUAAGCGGCUCUGGCGACGCGUACAAGGGAGUGCUUCUCAACUAAACCGACGACCAGCGCACAAGCAAUUAUCGGAUGAUCAAGAACACACAAUAUUUAUAUGGCUAAGUGAUCUAGAUGACAGAGGUCUACCUCCAACCAUCGGCACGAUUAAAAAUUACGCGGAGAAAGUGCUUCAAAAUAUGAACCCCGACGCGGAUCACCCACUUCAACUCGGGGAUCGUUGGGUCUACAGCUUCAUAAAAAGACUGCCUAACGACUACAAAAAACAGAAGCAAAAGACUGUUGAUCCAAAUCGUCAUAUCGCCGAGGAUUCUGGUGUCAUACAAGCAUGGUUUGAGUAA